GAAACAUGCGUCACCAAAGUCACUUUAAUAUCUAUGACUUUCGUCAAAACACUUCCCUCUUUCGAGAACACGAAGAAACGCGUUUACGUAUCAAUAUUCAGUCAACGAAUGACAUGUCGCUCAUUUUCAACACAAACAACGAUGACACUCCAUUGACUAAUUUACAAGAGUUGGUAUUGGAAACAUUCGAUGAAUCCAUUAUCAUAAACUUUGUAGCAUCGGAGGAAGACGGACUCACCAGCAACCAACGACGUUUUCUGGGAAAAUUAAAGCGAGUACUGCGGAAUAAUGAUGAUAGCAAUAUCCCAAAUAACGAAAGGUAUAUUAGUGACUUGGCCAGCUUUUUAUGUGAACAAGCAAAUUUGGACGAAGGACUCAAUUUGAAGAUGGAACCUUGUCUAUUACGAUUGGCUGUCGGCGAAGAAAGAUUUACUGCGAAUGUAGAUAAAGUUGGACAACGUGGCGAGCAAUUGAUUUGGCUGCUUCAAGUAGACGCACAUCGAAAUAGUACCUCCUAUAAACAUGGUGAUCUACAAUUGGCUUGUGCGAUGAUUGCCGCUAUUGAACUCAAUUACAUUCUUUUCGAUAGGAUUAGACCCAGCAAACUAGUGGGGAUGAAAUUCAUGGCAGGUACCGUCUAUUUUUAUAGUAUGAAAGCGACAGAAGGAUACAUCAAUGAACUACUUGGGGGUUUGCCACAACAUGAACAAAUCAAUAUUCAUCGAUUUCCUCAACAUGGAUUUUCUCUCGCCGAUCCUACUGAACGAAAGGAGAUACUGAAAUGUUUGUCACUCUUGUACAGAGAAGCUUUAUCCAUCGAUUAAAGAAAAAAAAACAUUAUAUUGACAAAUACGUAGUUUAGUACGAUUCAUCUCUUUCUUUUUUUUUAUUUUAUUUUAAAAAAACCAAAUAAAC